CAGCCCACCAAAGAGGAACGCCCAACACACAGAGAUAACAAAGCCUUCUUCUUACAGCGCACUUGCAAUCCACAGACAGAGCUCAGCUCAUCCAAGCACACAGAGCACCAGCAAUGUCGCUCGUCAGGCGCAGCAACGUGUUCGACCCCUUCUCCAUGGACCUCUGGGACCCCUUCGACAGCAUGUUCCGCUCCGUCGUCCCGUCGUCGUCCUCCUCCGACUCCGACACCGCCGCCUUCGCCAACGCCCGCAUCGACUGGAAGGAGACCCCCGAGGCGCACGUCUUCAAGGCCGACCUCCCCGGCGUCAAGAAGGAGGAGGUCAAGGUGGAGGUGGAGGACGGCAACGUGCUGGUCAUCAGCGGCCAGCGCAGCAAGGAGAAGGAGGACAAGAACGACAGGUGGCACCGCGUGGAGCGCAGCAGCGGCCAGUUCAUGAGGCGCUUCCGCCUGCCUGAGGACGCCAAGGUGGAGCAGGUCAAGGCCGGGCUGGAGAACGGCGUGCUCACCGUCACCGUGCCCAAGGCCGAGGGCAAGAAGCCCGAGGUGAAGAGCAUCCAGAUCUCCGGUUAGGCGACCGUGGGGACGGACGGUGAGGUGGUGAGCGUGUGCGGCGGAGGAACUGCCGGUUCGAGCUACUAGUCUCGUUGCUCUGCUUUGGUGUGUGUGGUUUGUACUGUUCAGUCCUUUCAGCCUGCAGACUGUGUCAUGUACUCCUACUAUGUGCUAGCUUCUUUCCUGUUUGGUGAGAUCGGGUGUGUAGGAGUAUGUUCUACCUUCUGCGAGUGAAUAAAUAAAGAAUAAAGCAGAUCUUGUGUAUAUUCA